AUUGGUGCCUACAAAUACAAAAGAAAACACAAUACCAUUUCAUGGAUUUCAAAAACAGAACUCACAAAACAUGCAAUUAAGAUUAGCACAGAAGAGAGAAGUGAGAUUUUUCUGUCAGUGCUCCAUGAAUUUUAAUCAAAGAAUGUAUGCAAUUGUAGAAUUUUCAGAGGAGGGAACAUGUGAAAUGGUGCCAGAUAUCUGGUUGUUUAUGAAGGAUGAGGUACAAUACUGUUACUGGCCACCAAUGAAUGCAACAAAAAAAGUACAAAAGAUUGAAUUGCCCGAUAAAGAAAAUUGGGCCAAGCACAGGGUCAGGGUGUUUGCUAAAACAGAUGACUAUGAAAGAGCUAAACAGUGGUCGAAAAAAGCAGCUGUGCAAUCUUCACUUGAGAGCUGUGAUGACUCCCCAAAAGGAAAAGACGACCAGUGUGUCUCAGCAGCUCUGAUGAAGACACAUCAUUUAUGCCUCGUUGGAGGUCCAAACCCUGGGGAGAACACCCGGCGGGUAAUGCGGGCAGUGGCCUCCUACGGCGUUUGGAAGGAAUUCAGCCUAAAGGGGAAAAAAGUAAAGAGACCACUCCAAAACCUGAUUAUCAUGAAAAUCUUAAUAAAGGCAGUGAUGAGGUCCAAUCCUGGGAUCCAGCAAGCCAAAGUGGAAGACAUUGUAGCAGACACAUUAAAACAUACUCCAGCAAGGUGUCAGAAUAGUGUCUUCUAAAUCAGCAAGUUAGGAGUUACCUGUAGCCUAAAGAUGUUUUUUGAAUAAG